AUGAUGGGUCCAAUGAUGGAUCCCCAGUACUAUCAGAUGAUGAGUCUGAUGGGUGGCGGCAAUGGCAUGAUGCCGGGUCGUAGAGCCAUGGGAUAUGGAGCAGCACAGGGACCUGGUGGGAUGCCUUUUAUGCAUAAUAUGAAUUUUCUGAGAAUGGCUCCUCAUGGCAUGCAAGGUUCUCCGUAUGGUGCAGGGAGAUAUCCAUAUCCUCACGGAAUGGGAGCAAGUCCUCUGGGCAACAUGGGAGGGCCGCUGAGUAUGACGGGUGGCGGAUGCUCAAGCACCRUGGGAGGGCCGUUGAGUAUGGCUGGUGGUGGUGGUAUGGGAAUGGGUGGAGGCUACGGCGAAGGUGGAGAGUUGGGCUUCGCGAAUCGUGGCAUGGGGAUGGCGGGCAACACAGGAGGAAUGCCGCCGGGCUGGUGGGACAUGAUGAUGGGUCUCGAAGAUGAAGAGGACGACGAUGAUGCGUAUUGGGAUGAGGAAGGCGAAAUGGAAGACCCCUUCACGUCUUACCGCAAGAGUCAGCGUGGGAGGAGGAAUGGUCAGGGCUUUGGCGGUGGUGUGAGCGAAUUUGGCAUGGGAGGGGACCUCAGUGUUGGAGGCUUUGGGACGAGUGGUAUGGGUGGCCGUCAUUCACGAAGAUUGGGCGACGGCCGGCAAUUUGGUGGCGGCAUCAACUGUGGCGCUGUCAUGCCAAGAGGAAUGGGUAUGGGCAUGGGUAUGGGUGUUAUGGGUGGGUACGGGGGGCAUCGGAGAGGAAUGAUGCCAGGGCGAUGCUUUUAA